AUGGGGAGAGAGUUUUUGCUGCUGGACGCGGAGAUGCAGCGGCUGCCGGAGUUGCCGCGGGAGGUUGUGGGGCCGGACUUGGAAAAGGCUUUUGAGAGGUUUUUGGACACUUUCGUGCUCGAGGACUACGCAGGCAUGGUGACGGCGUCCGAGGAGGACCUGGAGCUGGCGAGCGGGGAGUGGGGCGGGGAGUCUGGGAUCGGGAUCGGGAUCGGGAUCGGGGAUCGAGUUGCCGCGCUGUACACGCGGAAGCUGCUGCGCUUUCUGGAGGCGCGCGGCUGUGGGGAGCGCGUGGCCUUCGGGGUGUCUCUACAGCACUUGCAUGCGUUCAGCCCCACACUUUUUGCUGCUGUUGUCAACGCCCCCCAAGACGCAACAGCAGCAUUUGACGCGCUGCUGCGUUCCAAGUUUGCGCAGCUCCGCGAGCUCCACGGGCUUUUCCUCGAGCCCUCGCCGCAGCACGACGAGCUGCUUCUCCAGCAGGCUCCGCGUCUGCGGUUUCACUCGAAGCCUGCGUUGCUGAUGGACUCUCUGCGGUGUCUAGACCCCACAGUGGACAUUGAAAGACUUGUUUGUCUCAAAGGAGUUGUCAUUAGAGUUUCCGAAGUUAUUCCCGAGAUGACUCUCGCAGCAUUCAGGUGCCACGCGCGGGACCCGCGGAGCGGAGGCCAGUGUCUGCACGAAGUGUACGCCUGCGUGCUGAACGGCGACGUGGUGCAGCCGCAGCGCUGCAGCAGCUGCGGGGCUGUGGGGUCGCUGGCUUUGUGGCUGCAGCAAAGUGCUUUUGCUUCCAAACAACUUAUCAAAGUUGCUGAAGUUCCUGAACUCCUCAGUCCCGGAGAAACCCCACAAAGCCUCACAGUCUACGCCUACGACGACCUCGUAGACGCAUGCAGACCCGGGGACAGAGUCGAAAUCACGG